AUGGAGUACCCGGGCACGGGCGUCAAGCAGCCGGAAGUGUCCAUCGACCUCGAUUCGGCUGGUAACGCCUCCGGAAUCGACAAUUUCGGAUUCUACGCCUCCGAUUUCCAGAGUUCCGGCCCCACACUCACUGGCUACGAUGUUCCAAGUCAGUUUCGAAGCAAUUAAUUACAAAAAGUGAGUUUCUCUCUUCCAGACGGCUCAAUUUCAAGUCCGAGCGGCCAAAUUUCGGCGAAUGCCUACCGGAGAACGAACGCGGGCGCCGCCGGAAAAUUCAUGGAAAACAACGGAUUCGGAUGGCUUCUCGAGGUGAACGAGGAAGAUAACGACCAGAUUCCGCUGCUGUGAGUACUCUAAAGACACACAUACACACAGACACACAGACACACAAAGACACACACACUAAAGACACAAAGACACACAAAGACACAUUAUCGAAAAGCAAAUGUAUCGACAAAUGCUUGGAUUUUUUUGCACUUGUUUAAACUAAAAAUUUGCAGAGAGGAGCUGGACAUUGACCUGACAGACAUUUACUACAAGAUCCGCUGCGUGCUCCUCCCGCUGCCCUAUUUCCGAAUGAAACUGAACAUUGUCCGCGAGUCGCCCGACUUCUGGGGACCGCUCGCCGUCGUUCUCGCCUUCGCCAUCCUUUCGCUCUACGGACAGUUUGGCGUGAGUUCAAAAAAAUGUUCUGUAGAGUUUGGAUUCGAUCAGAAUUUCGCAAGUAUCUCAAAAGUCCCAUCCCCGGCGGAGGCUCCAAGUUGUAAUUUGUGAACUUGCAGGUGGUCUCAUGGAUCAUCACAAUGUGGUUCUGCGGCGGCUUCCUCGUCUACUUUAUCGCACGGGCCCUGGGCGGCGACGUCGGCUACUCGCAAGUGCUCGGAAUCGUCGGAUACUGUCUGAUCCCGCUCGUCGUCACCUCGCUCGUCUCCUCUUUGUUUGCCGGCUUCCGUCUCUUCGCGAUCUUUCUCGGAAUGUUCGGCACCGCGUGGUCCGUCUACAGUGCCGGCACCCUUCUGUGCGUCGACGAAUUGCAAUCGAAGAAACCGCUCGUCGUCUAUCCCGUUUUCCUCCUCUACAUUUACUUUUAUUCACUUUAUUCGGGUGUCUAA